AUGACUGAUACCUCUGUUGUUGCCAAGUGGUACGACCAAAAUGCGGCUCUCGAGCACAACAGGCUCGUGACAUCUUGUAUAGAAUACUCUAUAACAAUGAGAGUGAUAAAGCAGUGCCUUCUAGAACUUUCAGCCAGUUCUAGAAACCAGGUUCGCAUUCUUGAUCUUGGUGGUGGGACUGGAAGAUAUGCGGUCGAACUGGCUAGGUUGGGGCAUUCCGUGACCCUCUCAGAUAUCUCACAGUCAGAACUGGAUUAUGCGGCCAAGUUUGCUAUUGACAGUGGUGUGAUUCUCGAAAACAUUGUCCAAGCAGAUGCCCGACAAGUGAGAAACAACAAGGAACUCUUUCGAAAGGGUCACUAUGACCUUGUUCUUUGCAUGGGCCCAAUGUACCAUCUUCUUGAAGAAUGCGAGAGGCUGGCUCUUCUGGAGUCAUGCAGUCUGAUGACCAAACCGGAAGGCUUCAUCGUAGCCUCAUUCGUCACAAAAUACGCACACUUGCGAGACAUUGCCCAAAGGGAUCCCAAGCGUCUAAGCGAUGAAUCUGAUUUUUAUGCUCAGUAUUUGUCGACUGGAAAAUAUACUCGCAAUUCGGGCAAUAUUGUGUCUCACCACGUUGACGUUGGUGACAUACGAGGGCUCUUUAACAAGUUGCAACGCAACGGAUUAGCAAAUACCCGUCUUGAAAGGCUUGUUGGAUGCGAAGGAUUUUUAGGUGGUGGUUUAGGAGCGGCGAUUAACUUGAAUGAUGCGGAAACGUAUGAAGCUUGGGUGGACGUUCUGGCUAGGUAUUCAAUGGAUCCCCACGUUCUUGGUUCCUCAGAUCAUAUCGUCGCAGUUGCCCGGCGUGACGGGUAG